ACUGUAUAAUUUAUAUUUCCAGUGCUUUCGCAGAUUGCAAAAACUUUCUUAGCUGUCUAUCCUUGACCCAUCUAGACCAUUUUCCUGCUAUUUAACACUGAGGCUCCCGCAGCUCAACUACCGUUGGUCGGGUGACUUUCAAAGGUUGCUUAUUGUGCGAUAUCGGAAACGUAGAACGUUCUAGAAGGUACGGUUUUAUUUGCUGCUGAGUCUUGCGGAGUGUCGCCCUCAGUACGCAUUCGUCUCUCAGACUAGUGGCACGUGUAUAAUUAUUGGAAUCUCGAUUUGAAAUUGAACGAGUUUGUUGUAACCCUCAAUCGCCACGAUGCUUGGUGGUAGCGUACUCUGGUUCCGCCACGGAUUGAGGCUCCACGACAACCCUUCAUUGCACUCUGCGCUCGAAGAAAAAGGGUUUCCAUUCUUCCCUAUCUUUAUCUUCGAUGGAGAAACUGCAGGUACAAAAGUGGUGGGCUACAACCGUAUGCGGUACCUCUUGGAAGCUCUGGAUGACUUGGACAACCAGUUCAAGAAGCAUGGUGGCCGGCUCAUCAUGUUGAAGGGAAAACCUAAUGUUGUGUUCAGAAGACUUUGGGAGGAAUUCGGUAUCCGCAAGCUCUGCUUCGAGCAGGAUUGCGAGCCAGUGUGGAGGGCUCGUGAUGACAGCGUGAAGAAUGCCUGCAAGGAGAUCGGCGUGGUCUGCAAGGAACAUGUCUCCCAUACUCUGUGGGAGCCUGACACCGUCAUUAAGGCCAAUGGCGGCAUACCACCUCUUACUUAUCAGAUGUUUUUGCAUACGGUGGCCACCAUUGGCGACCCUCCACGUCCAGUCGGCGAGGUAGAUUUCACAGGAGUCAAGUUUGGCAGCCUACCUGAAUCCUUUUACAACGAGUUUACCGUCUUCGACAAGACUCCAAAACCGGAAGAUUUAGGAGUUUUUCUAGAAAAUGAAGACAUCCGAAUGAUCCGCUGGGUGGGCGGAGAGACCACCGCUCUUAAACAAAUGCAGCAGCGUCUGGCUGUGGAAUAUGAGACCUUCCUCAGGGGUUCAUAUUUGCCAACGCAUGGCAACCCUGACUUGUUGGGUCCGCCCAUAUCUUUGAGCCCAGCGCUGCGGUUCGGAUGUCUUUCUGUCAGGAGCUUCUACUGGUCAGUACAGGACUUGUUCCGUCAGGUGCACCAAGGACGUCUGACUUCUAAUUCUGCUUCCCAUUUUAUUACCGGCCAAUUGAUUUGGCGUGAAUAUUUCUACACGAUGAGCGUGAACAACCCUAACUACGGACAGAUGGCUGGGAACCCUAUCUGCUUGGAUAUCCCUUGGAAGACUCCAGCUGGAGAUGAACUGCAGAGAUGGACGGAAGGUCGCACCGGGUUCCCGUUCGUGGACGCAGCGAUGCGCCAGCUCCGUACGGAGGGCUGGCUGCACCACGCCGCGCGCAACACUGUCGCGUCCUUCCUCACUCGCGGCACUCUCUGGCUGUCCUGGGAACACGGACUCAAUCACUUCUUGAAGUAUCUGCUUGAUGCUGAUUGGUCUGUGUGCGCGGGUAACUGGAUGUGGGUGUCGUCGUCUGCGUUCGAGGCGCUGCUGGACUCGGGCGAGUGCGCGUGCCCCGUGCGGCUGGGCCAGCGCCUCGACCCCAGCGGGGAGUACGUGCGCCGCUACGUGCCCGAACUGGCGCGCAUGCCCGUCGAGUACAUUUAUGAACCAUGGAAGGCUCCUAUCGAUGUGCAGGAGCGCGCUUCCUGCAUCAUAGGCAAAGACUACCCAGACCCAGUCGUCAACCAUCUUGUGGCCGCUCAGAGGAACAGAAAUGCUAUGAAGUGGUUGAGCCGCUCAGUUGCCGGCCGACUGCAGAAGGACAAGUGGUUCGAUAUAGUCGGGGAACUUCGUCAUAUUUUGCAAAAAGCUCCUCCGCAUUGCUGCCCCUCCUCAGAAGACGAGAUCCGACAAUUCAUGUGGCUCAACGAAUAAUGGCACGCGGAAUUAGUCUCUAUUUGUAUCGCCGUAAAACUUAUUUUAGAUGAAUGUGGUAUCAAAGAUAAGAUUUCGUUUUUUGUUUAUUUUUUUACUACAGUAACUGCUAUUGUAAUCUUUGUACGUCAGAUAAUAGGGUGCAUUUUUGUUUGUCAAGCCAUAUUUCUGUUAAAAUCAUAUCAUAUUUAGACUUAAGUGAAUUAGAAUAUGUUAGUAGAUCUGUUUUACGUUCUAUGUAAGUACAAGAUGUAAUAGAAUAACACUUUGGGCCGAGUCAAGCCAAAAACCUCUGUGACCAAAGGGUUUGUAGAAGCAAAUCGUCAAUGUUUUAAGUAUGGGGGACUGGACAAGGAAAAAGGAUCUUUCUCUCUUUUGUUGGAUAUUUCGAAAUAAUAAUAAUAUGUCUUAUAAGUACUAUUUUUUACUGGGACAACAUGGCGGCGCAAGCAGUCGCCGCGGCCAACAAAAUGUAUACAACUCUAUAGAGAGUUACUCACGUUUUGCGUUUAAAGUAAUCGAAACGAGUAUGCGCUUUGAUUGGCAGGCUCCUAUGAACCAGCCAAUCAGAGCGCCGGCUCCAUUGAACCACCAAUCAGAGCGCCAGCUCCAAUAAACAACAGAGCGCCGA